UAUGGCAUCAUCAUUAGGCGACCAGGAAGUCAGCCAGAGAGAAUGACAGAAUGGCAUGCAGUGGGAGUCUUGUAUAGAGGAGUUUGCUGAGCCGAUGAGCUGGGCCUUCCGCUCAAAAUGCUGGUAUUUUUCCUUGCUGGACUGGCUGUGCACCUUGUGUUUUUUACCUCAAUAUUUGACAUAUACUUCACUUCCCCACUGGUCCAUGGGAUGACCCCACACCAUACAAGCCUGCCACCCCCUGCCAAACGCCUAGUUCUCUUUGUUGCUGAUGGCUUACGGGCUGAUACUUUUUUUGAAUUAGAUGAGAAUGAGACUUCAAGAGCCCCAUACCUCAGAAAUAUAAUAGAAACCAGGGGCAGCUGGGGUGUUUCUCACACCCGAGUUCCUACAGAAUCCAGACCAGGACAUGUGGCACUUAUAGCAGGAUUUUAUGAGGAUGUCAGUGCAGUUGCAAAAGGGUGGAAGGAGAACCCGGUGGAGUUUGAUUCUAUCUUCAAUGAAAGUAAAUUCACUUGGAGUUGGGGAAGUCCUGACAUUUUACCUAUGUUUGCAAAAGGUGCCAGUGGAGACCAUAUCUUUACUCAUUGUUACUCUGCUAACAGUGAAGAUUUUGCAAGUGAUGAUGCAACAAAAUUAGAUACUUGGGUUUUUGAGCACUUGAAGGCUUUCUUCAGUUCUGCCCACAGUAAUCAGACACUGCUUAGAAAACUAAAUGAAGAAAAAAUAGUAUUCUUCCUUCAUUUGCUUGGAUUGGAUACAAAUGGUCAUGCGCACAAACCUGGUUCCAGGGAGUACAAAGAAAAUGUGAAAAAAGUUGAUAAAGGUAUCAAAGAAGUGGCUUUACUGUUGGAAGACUUUUAUGGAAAUGAUAAUAAUACAGCCUAUAUACUCACCUCUGACCAUGGCAUGACAGACUGGGGGUCUCAUGGAGCUGGACACCCAUCAGAGACUUUGACACCUCUGGUUGCUUGGGGAGCUGGGGUACGUUACCCUACUAAAGUUCAAGAACAAUCUGAUAAACAAUCCAAAGCAUGGAAGCUAGAACAUUUAAAGAGAAAUGAUGUUAACCAGGCUGAUGUGGCACCAUUGAUGGCAUCGCUGAUUGGAAUUCCUUACCCUCUGAAUUCUGUGGGUAUCUUGCCUGGGGAAUACCUUAAUAACAGUGAACUAUUUAAAGCAGAGAGCAUGCUUACCAAUGCACUUCAGAUUCUGGAGCAAUUCAAGGUAAAGAUGGCACAGAAAAAAGAAACCACGCUUCCCUUUCUUUUUUCCCCAUUUAGUUUGCUUUCCGAUUCUAAACAACUUGACAUUUUGAGAAAAACAAGAUCUUACAUCCACAGAGAAAAUUACAAAGAAGCGAUGGCUUUGUGUGAAAACCUUAUUGACCUAGCAUUAAGAGGACUGGCAUACUAUCACACAUAUGACAGAUUCUUCCUUGGCAUAAGUGUUUUUGCUGGUUUUUCUGGAUGGAUUUCUUAUGUUAUUUUAGUAAUUUUAAGAACAAAUACUGGAAUUACCAAGGAUUCUUUAAAAUUAAACAAGGAAAAAACAUCUGUUGCACAGUAUGCAGUCUCUGCCCUGGGGAUUUUUAUCAUCAUCUUUCUCAAGAGUCAAUCUUGUCCUUGGACCUACUAUAUUUAUUGUCUGUUGCCCAUUCCUGUAUGGUAUGCUGUAUCUAAAGAAUGGUAUAUUCUGUGCAAUCUCACAGAUUGUCUGCAAUCUUUGUCACCUUUACGGAUUGUGGGAUUUCUUACUGUGACAUUCAUGGGCAUUGAAGUGUUGGUUCUCAGCUUUUUCUACCGUUCAAUUCUUACAGUUGGUCUAAUUGCAUUUGCAUGCUGGCCAGUGGUAAUGCAAAUAUCGACUCAAGCUAAGAUAACAACUUUGAUCUGGGUUUUCUUAUGCCUGCUGCUGGCAGUUUUCCCCUUGAUGCCUGUUGUUGGAAAGGAGCCUAACAUCACUCUUGUCACCACUGCUGGACUGCUAGCUCUACUGAUUUCUCUUGUCUCUUGUCUUUGGGUCAUUUAUAAAAGAAAAAACAAAUCUGCUGGAAACAUUGAUAAAAUGGUGCAUGUCUGCCAGAUGCUGAUACUCAUUUUAGCAAUGUACAUUGUGAAUACUACCCAUUCCAGUCUAGCAGCAAAGCAAGGGCUACCAUUGAUUAACCAAAUUGUUAGUUGGACAGUACUAGCCUCUGCCUUGGUUGUUCCAUUGUGUACCACUGCAGUUCUGUUCCAGAGACUGUUGUCCAUAUUUCUUUCCCUCAUGUCCACCUACCUCCUUCUAAGCACUGGGUAUGAAGCACUGUUUCCUUUGGUGCUUUCUUGCUUGAUGUGUACCUGGAUAUACAUAGAGCAAGGAACCCUUGUUAAGUAUGGACUUUCCUUCAAAUACAUGCUUAACGGUAUUGACUUCAGCCCUGAGAUAACUCAGUCUCGACAGCUGAAUCUGGAUGACAUUCGAAGAUCUUUUUUCUUGGUCUUCUUUAUCAUCACAGCCUUUUUUGGUACUGGAAAUAUAGCAUCUAUUAACAGUUUUGAUCCAGCUUCGGUAUACUGCUUCUUAACUGUAUUUAGUCCCUUUGUGAUGGGUGGUCUGAUGAUGUGGAAGAUUCUCAUUCCUUUCGUUUUGGUGAUGUGUGCGUUUGAAACAGUUCAGAUCUCAGCACAGAUAUCCUCUAAAUGCCUUUUUCUCAUUGUUCUGGUGAUAACGGACAUUAUGUCUCUGCAUUUUUUCUUCCUGGUUAAAGAUUACGGCAGUUGGCUGGACAUUGGAACAAGCAUCAGCCACUUUGUCAUUGUGAUGAGUACAACUAUCUUUCUAAUGUUACUGAGUGGACUAGUGCACUAUCUGACUACAACGAAAAUAAUCCCUUGGAGACAAAAGAAGCACCAUUCAACCUGAGUGUUUUAAAUAUUUAGGUAGCCAAGGACUGCAGCCAAGGAAAUCCAUUGAUGUACACAUCUACAAAAAGAGACACUUUAGUAUACCUUGUUCAUUGUUAGCCCUUUGUGUAUUCGCUACUUUUGGCAGAUUUAUAAAAAUGUGAGUUUAGAGUGUCAUACAUAAACACUCACCCACGUUCUAUUCAUUCCUAUGGGGUUUUUAGAAGCAUAUAUAUCAAAUGGUGAGUGCUAACCACCCACUGAUAAAUCACUUCUAAAAAUCCCAUAGGAAUGAAUAGAAUGUGGGUGAGUACUCACAUUUUGCUCCUAAAAAUCACUACUGUUAUUUUCAAAGAUGACUUAAUCUACCUCUCUUUAAUCAUUAGACAGGAUAACACAACUAGGGAAAAUUGUGAGGAACAAGGCUAAAUGUUUGGUUUAAAAACUAUUUGGUGGUUAUGUUGAAACAUGGAAACAUUAGCCUCCAGUAACCCACUAAUCAAUGACUUACCAGUGUUUUGCAUUGGAUUGUUAGUACCUUUUGUCAUGUACACAUAGUUGUUUGGUUCUCUUACCCAAAGGUGGAACACCUAAAAGGUCAGUAAAAGAGGGCAAAAAUCUCGUUAUUUGUACAUGAUUUGUUUUAUAUAUUUAUUUUUAUUAAAAAAAAAGGAAUAAAAGCCAAAUGUUAUUUCUGA